UCCGCCCCUCGACAUAGAUCCUCGCGAUUUGUCCGCCCCAACCCCCAGUUCGAUGGCUUCAGACGAAAUGAAACAUAUCCGUCAUUCGUGACUAUUUUAACACCGAUUGCCUAAUCGGGGAGACGUUUUGUGUCGUCCAUUCGUUUUUGUUGAAAUUGGACACCGCUGAUGCGUCCAAGUCGUCCUGUGGGCAGUGGCGCGGAGGGAUACAUGUGUGGAAGCGACAAUGUGGAGGCUGUUAAAAUGUCGACUUGGAAAAUGAAGUCGCUUCAAUUUCAGCGAGAUUAAGAAAACGCUGCAAUGGUUUAGUUAUGUGUCCCGUCAGAGACGUGGUUUUACUUUCCUAACGAAGACAGCGUCGAGGUGCUUCAAUCUUGGCUUUCCUCAUCUUCCUCAAGCAGCGCGGAGGGAAAGAUCAAAGAUCCUGUUUAGAAGUUUCUUUUUCUGGCAUCUCCGCUCCUUUACUUCUCUUUCUUGGAUGCUGCACACCUGAGCCAAGCGGCUUGCUGAGACUGAAAGCAGCAGAGAAUGACUGCAGUGGGCACAGACAAGGAGCUCAGCGACUUGCUGGAUUUUAGCGCGAUGUUUGAGCUUCCAGUUUCAAGUGGCAAAAAUCGGCCAACUACACUUGCCAGCAGUCAGUUUGGAGGUUCAGGGGUUGAUGAAAGGAAUGGGUCGAGUUCUUGGGGGCCCGGAGAGCAGAACAGUCCAUCGUUCAGUCAGGGAAGGUGUUUUGCUGAAGAGGGCAUUUAUAGUGAGCAAGAUGGCAUUCCACAUGGCACCGUAUUUGGCACAGGGAUCACUGGGAAGGCCGAGAGAGGACCAUACUCGUCAUUUGCAACGCAGCCCUCGUCACAGUUUUAUUCCUCUUAUGAGAGCAACAAUCCUCGCAGACGACCCGCACAAGACCCCGUUGAUGCACAGCCAAAAAAGAUCCGGAAGGUGCCCCCUGGCCUGCCUUCCUCUGUUUGUACCUCAGCCUCAACUGAUGAAUUUAACAGGGACAAUGUUGGCUACUCUGCUUCCAAGGCAGGAAGCAUUUACCCACCACCCUUCUACAUGCAAGAAGGCCUCCACCCACCCUCCGAUUCAUGGGGUUCUGCUGGGUCGAUGGUUCAGCCUGGUUAUCCUUCCGUGCUGGGUAACCCCCCCCAUCUGAGCCAGCAUGGUCCCUUCACUGCCAUCAACCCCCAAGACAGACUGAAACGUCAGCCACUGCCCCUCUCACCCCAAAACUACCCCCUGCAUGGCAGUGAAGUGAACGGGGCUCACCCGGCUGGUUUCCACUCUGGCUCCAACAGUUUUGGCGUUCCAGGUCACACGCCUCCUAUUGCUGCCAACCGGGGAACAGUACCUGGAAGUUCUGGUGAUGAGAUUGGGAAAGCGCUGGCAUCUAUCUAUCCUUCAGACCCCAACAGCAAUGGCUACUCUUCGUCCCCAUCCACCCCUUCUGGUUCUCCUCAGGCUGCAUCAGUAUCUGCCUCCCAGUGGACAAGAUCUUCCGGACAAGCGACACCUUCACCUAGCUUUCAUGGAGGACUUCAGGCAAUGCCUAAUAAACUGGAGGACCGCCUGGAUGAAGCGCUUAACGUUCUUCAGCGCCAUGCCAGUGGGCAAGGAGGAGCAGGACUAGCUGAGAUGCAGAGUCUGCUGGCAUCUGGUUUGGGCUUACCUCCAGCGUUCAGCAGUGCAGCACUCGGCCUUGCCAGUCGCCUGCCCGGACUGCUCACCAGUCACCAUGAGGACUCUGCGAGACUGCCCUCUGGUGGGGGACUUGUGCAUGGUCACCACGGCUCCGCGUCCGCUCUGCCAGGCUCUCAGACUGAUAGUUUCACCAGUAAGUCCUUCUUUGCUCUCAGAAAUAUUGAGAAACUUAUAGCUUGUUUUUUAAUGACAGGUUUGGUGAACAGUCUCAGUCGUUCCAGUGGCGCUGACAUUAAACGAGAGAGCAAGCAGGACGAUGAAAACUGCUCCCUUACUGACAAGUCAGAGGACGAGAACAAAGAGCUAAAUGCCCAUCUUCUAACAAGUCUGAAUGAUGAGGAUGACGAUGAAGAAGACCUACCAGUGGAGAUUAAAGCUGGGCGGGAGAAAGUGCGCAGGAUGGCAAACAAUGCCCGCGAGCGGCUCCGUGUGCGGGACAUCAACGAGGCCUUUAAGGAGCUGGGCCGCAUGUGUCAGCUCCAUCUGAACUAUGAGAAACCGCAGACCAAAUUGAACGUACUCCAACAGGCCGUUAACGUUAUUCUCAACCUGGAGCAGCAAGUCCGAGAGCGUAACCUCAACCCAAAGGCUGCCUGCCUGAAGAGAAGAGAGGAGGAGAAAGUGUCGGGUGUGGACCCUCAGAUGCAGCUGGGUGGGGGUCUCUGAGGGGACACCAUGAGCCAUAUGUAAUUCCAAGCCGUUUGAACACGUGGCCUUAAUCUCUGCUUGUGUUCUUUGGGCCACCAUCUUCACACCUUUCACCCAAGGACACCAAUGUGAAGACACCAUCGUGUUUUUCCAAGACUUUCCUCAAAAAGGAAGGAAUGCUUAAUGUUUUUGGAUCAGAAAGACAUUUGGGAUCAUUCACAACUUUGAGUCAAGUUGGUAUAAUCUGUCAAAUAUGUGGCAUUCUCCCCUAAGGAAGACAUGUUCCAUCAACAACCUCCAUCCAUGUUGGAAGCCUCUCGCAGAAAGAGGGGGCCGCUCUUUUUUUAAAAUAUAUAUAUAUAUAUAUACAUCUAUAUAUAUAUACAAUUACUCUGCCUGUUGUUUUUCUCCUCGUAAACCGUGGAUCCUACGGGUCACUGCCAUGCAAGCGGGAUGAAAAGACUUCAUGUGUUCAUUCAGAUCUGGUCUUAGCACUCAUCCUGGACAGUCCAUUCACAAAAGGGGCAUUUUUUUCUUGUUUUAGAAACACGCGACAUAUUUUGCUUCUAUAACUUUCUUUCUUAGAUAACCGUCAGACCAGAAUGGUUUUGAUACCCUAUUGCAAUUAAGAAUAUUAUUAUUAUUUCAUGCCGAUGGCCAUUUGAACUCCAGUUGGACCAAUCAGGAUGCGGAUUGUUUCCAGGUCUGAGCGCUUCCAAUUUGUCAAAAGGUGUAAUGGAGAACCUCCGCAAGUGUUGAAAGGGAUCAUGAGUUUUGAAAUCCUAAGUAAGUAAGUUGCCACUAUUGACUUGCACGCUUGGUUUUUUUCUUCCAUUUUGAACAACUGCAAAGCCUCUUUGUAACGAUCUUCCUUUUGUAGAAUUUGUUAGCCUUGUUUUUAUGUUCAUGUUUUCCCCCACUUUGUAAAAUAGUUCCGGAGAGUUGGGGUUUAUACAUUUGGGAUGGUUCUUUCUUUUUUGUUUACAUUGUUUGAAUUGAAGACAAGCUUUUUUAAGAUUCUGGGAACAAAGUGCGGUGUUGUGCCAGGUGCCUGCAAAUGUUGGAAAUGACAACAGUCUGGCUUGUAAUGUCACAUGUUGUGAUAACUUUUUUUGUCUUCGCCUGGAAUACAUGUUUCUGUGCAGACUUGGCAACUCAUCACUUAUCUUCAAACAGUAUUUAGGGUUUUUCUGCAUAAUGUCCAAUGUUAGUUCAUUGGAGGUGGUGGCACAAGUCAACUCAAUUCUAAUAGAAAUCAUCAUCCUGAGUUCAUCUUUCUGACCUAGGGGAGUUUUAUAAUGGUUACUCACCAGUGCCUGAAUAUUCCUGUUACACAUGGCAUAUAAUAACACGGCUUUAAAGAUGGACUUCAUCUGGAGAAUUUGUUGAGGCUGACCAACAAGCUGGUCUAGAACUGGUCAAAUACUUCCUAAUUAGUGUUGGUCAUGUACAUUCAUAUGUAUGAUAUAUCAAGACAAAAACCUUACACCUUAUCUGUGUCACUUGAUGAGUAUGCCCAUGACUUUUAUUUUGGUCUGAAAAUAAGUCUUGUGAUUACCUUGCAAAUGAUCACAAUGACUUGUAUUUGUUUAUGUAAAUGUUUUUUUGUUGUUGUUGUUUUUUUAACAGUUUGCCAGUAUAAAAGCAUACAAUUUUCUUUAUUAGAGACGUUUUUGUCAUUGACAGCAAAUGACUUCCUACAGCUCUUUCUCUCUUUAUGAAUAUUUGAGGGCAAUAUCUGUGUAGGCCGUGUCCUCAGAGUGCCUCCACUUUCCUAUUUUUAUAUAUAAAGUAGAUAUUGACAACUGUUGUGUAUAUAACAGUAAUGUAGCAAUAAAUGUGCCAUUUUUAAUACCAA